AUGGGUCACAGUACGGUCCCUCGGCGAAGAUCACGAAAAGGACCAGAAAAUGCAAGCGAUGAUGAUUCCUCUGACGGCACCGCUUCCGAAUCCCAGAGCAAGCGUCCCCGCUUGAGCACCGCCGAGGAUGGCUCUGACGAAGAUGACAAUUCAAACGACGAGAACGAAGAUGAGAAUAGCGAUGCAAGUGCGGAGUCUGACAUGACAGACGUUCUUGUGCGACGGCCAACAGCCCACCGUGGAAUCGGCCCAGGAGGGUACAAACCUGGAGCGAUCAAGCGCAUCAAAGUCACCAACUUUGUAACCUACACCUCUGCUGAAUUUCAUCCUGGGCCGAAGCUGAAUAUGGUCAUUGGCCCAAAUGGCACGGGAAAGAGUACAUUAGUCUGUGCGAUUUGCCUAGGACUUGGCUGGGGACCUCAGCACCUCGGACGCGCCAAAGACCUCGGAGAAUUCGUCAAGCAUGGAUGUGCAGAAGCCAAAAUUGAGAUUGAGCUUUCAGGACAACCCAAGUACUCUUUGAAUCCUAUCAUUUGCCGAACAAUCAAGCGUGACGGUAACAAAAGCUCGUUCACCAUUAAUGGGAAGCAUGCAAGUUCGAAGCAAGUCGCGAGCUUGGUACAAUCUUUUGCGAUCCAAGUGGAUAACCUUUGUCAAUUUCUCCCUCAAGACAAAGUUGCCGAAUUCGCCGCGCUCUCCCCCGUGGAGCUUCUUCAUUCUACCCUAAGAGCUGCGGCCGAGCCGGAAAUGACCGUCUGGCACAAAAACCUCAAGGAUCUUCGACAGAAACAAAAGCUGUUGGAAAUUGAGAAUCGUGGUGACAUUGAAAACCUGACGAAUCUGAAGGAUCGUCAAGAAUCACAAAGGGCAGAGGUUGAAAAUAUGCGACAAAUGGCAGCAGCGCAAGAGAAAAUUGCUCUCUUAGAGCUUUGCCGGCCACUCCUGGAAUACAAGAAUUAUCACAAGGAUUUUGCAGAGCUUUCGCAGAAGAAAACACAAGUCGAAGAAGAAGAGAAGCAACUGAAAGCUGAAGUGGAGCCUACUCUGCAUGCAGUCACAUCGAAGCAGACGUAUGUCGAGCAGAUUGGUCAGGUUAGGACUCAUCGCAAGCAGCAAGUACAGCGUUUGGCUACAGUGGCUUUGAACUGCGAACAAGAGGUCAUAAAACUACAGACCAUGAUGGAAGAAUUGAAUGGCAAGAUUGCCACUGAGAAGAGGACCUCACAGAAAUACAAAGCGGAUAUCCUCCAGGCUCAACAGCAAGUGAAUAGGCUCAAGCGCCAGCACGAGGAAGAAGCUGUGGAUUUCAAUGCUUCCUACUACAACGAGCAACUGAGGGAGAAAAGAUUGGCUCAGCGUGAUCUUCAAACGAAGGCUACUGAGCUCAAGGAAGAAAGAGACCCAGUUCAUGCGAAAUUAGCAGAGCUAUCCAAGAAUAUUCAGCAGGCUGAGGCUGCUCUUGCAAACCUUGAUUCGGAGACUGGCAAACAGGAAGCUCGGCUGCAGGCGAUUUCUCCGGAAACCUUGCAGGCUUAUCGUUGGGUUGAGUCAAACCAAGACAAAUUUGAGAAACCGGUCAUUGGACCUCCCAUAUUGACAUGUUCAAUCACCGACCCUAGAUACGCCGAUGCUGUGGAAGCGCUUUUGAACAGGAACGACUGUCUUGCGUUUACAGUCCAGACAAAGAAUGAUUUCCGCACUCUGCAACACCAUUUGAUGGGACAGCUCAAGUUCCAUGACAUAACGAUGAAGACAAGCCCGUCCUUGGACAACCCGGCUCUUCAACCUCCAAUGCCUAAAGAAGAACUGCAACAACUGGGGUUCGACGGGUGGGCAAAGGAUUUUAUCAAGGGCCCGGACGCUGUGAUUGCCUCGCUUUGCCUGGAAAAUCGAUUCAACAGCACCCCAGUCAUGCUUGGCUCGUUCAAUGGUGAGCAGACAGAGAUUGAUGCAUUGCGCAAGAAAAAGGUUACUGUCUUCACUGCGGGGACGCAGAUGUAUCAAACAAAUUACCGCGCAGAAUACAGCGCCUCCUCCACGAGCGUUAGGCCCAUCCAGCCCGCUAAAAUUUGGACAUCGCAACCCAUUGAUACGUCCGUCAAGGAAAGGCAUCGGCAGAAUAUUGACAACUGGGCGCGUGAAAAGAAUGAAGCCGAGGAACAAAUUCGGAGAUUCAGGGAACGGAUGCAGGGUUUCCAGAAUUCCAACAAAGAGAUCGCGGAAGCAAUUGCCACAAUUGAGAAGGAGAAGUCUCAACGGCAAACGGCUCAUACGGAAUGGCUCGCCAUUCCGGGUACCAUCAGCCAAAAGGAAACUCAAGUCAAGAAUCUUCAAAAGUUGCUAGACGAGAUGCGAGACAGCGUCGCCAAGUUCCGUGAUGAGCAGGAUGAGCUAGCAGUUCAAAAAGCCGAAGCAGCGGUUCUCUACGCUGAUGCUGCCGAUGCCUAUCGUCAGGCUUGCGAAGAUCUUGUGAAGAUCGAAAUUUGGUACUUGGAGGCAAGCUCCGACCACAAGACGCUCGAAGAGAAACAUGCUGGUAUCACUCGACUUUUGGCUGAGAAGGCGCAAGAAGUCAGCCGGCUUCGUGAUCUUUAUCGGGAGCGCAAGAGACGCGGUCGCGAAAUGUUGAACGAGGCGAAGAGGACGCUCAAAAGGGUCCAAGAGCGGCCCGGUACAGAGACGCUCAUUGAAACGGUGAAUCAGGCUUCGUACACUUUGGACAGUCUUAAUGCCGAUAUCGAGUCUCAGGAAGCGCAACUGCAGCUGUUCGUGGGUGGCAACAGUAAUCUCAUCAAGAUCUUUGAGGAUCGAGAGAAACAGAUCGAGAGACUGGAAAGCAAACUCAGUGAUUACCGCUCUAAAUUAGCGGAUUUCGAUGCAGCGAUCAAGGAAGUGCGCGACCGAUGGGAACCCAGACUAGAUGCGCUGAUCUCCAAGAUCAGUGACGCCUUUGGCGACUCGUUCGCGCGCAUUGGCUGUGCUGGCCAGGUAAGUCUCGAUAAGGUCGAGGCUGAGUCUGGUCCAAAUGGAGCAUCUGGUGGCAGCGAAUUUGACCAGUGGUCCAUUCAAAUUCAUGUGAAGUUCCGUGAACAUGAGCAACUUUCAAUUCUCGACUCGCACCGCCAAUCCGGUGGCGAACGGGCCGUCAGCACAAUCUUCUAUCUGAUGGCUCUUCAGUCAUUGUCUGCAUCGCCUUUCCGGGUCGUGGACGAAAUCAACCAGGGCAUGGAUCCUCGCAACGAACGAAUGGUACACGGGCGCCUGGUCGACAUUGCCUGCGACACCGACAGUGAGGGAAUCACUGACAAAGAUGGGCAGCCCGUCGGCGGCGGCGGAGGUGGCCAAUACUUUUUGAUCACCCCUAAGCUCCUCAGCGGUCUGUCUUACAAACCUGGUAUGCGAGUGCUCUGCAUCUACAGUGGCGAACACAUGCCCGAGGAAUACGCCAAGCUCGACUUUGGGCGAGCCAUUCGCAAAAUGAAGACCAUCAACGAGAAGAUGAGCGCCGUUGCUGGCAGUUCUGGUCAUUCCCGGGUGGACGUGUACGCUUGA